AUGCGAGACGCGUCUACUCUGAUUUUCCGGGUUCAAGUGCACCCCGAGUACCGUCACCUGAACUUCGUCCAGUGCAUAGACAAGGGCUCGUACGCCAACGACACUACGCGUCUGCUGUACCUCUUCUUCACGCUGUUCUUCAUGUACCUGCUGCCGCUUCUGGUCAUCACGUUCUGCUACACGGGCAUCGUGGUGUCGCUGACGCGCCGCUCGGCUCCUCCCGACUCAGACACGCUGUUCCGGGCCAACGACUCGGGAUUUUUCGUGCGGGCACGUCAGCGCACCCUGCAGAUGACGUUUGUGAUCGUGCUGACGUUUGUCAUCUGCUGGACGCCCUACAACGUCAUCUCAGUCUGGCACUGGGUCCACCAGGAGUCCUUCAAGCUGGUCCAUCCUCUGCUCCGCAAGUCGCUCUUCAUUUUCGCCGUGGCCAACUCCGUGGCUAACCCGAUGGUGUACGGAUUCUAUCACUCACAGCUGUGCCAGCGCAUUGAGGCGCCUCCGUCCAGUCGCGGCAAGUCACAGAGCGUCGAGCUGGCCAUCCUGGAGACGGCGCCCACCUGCGACACGCUGCUGAGACACCCGUCCUCGUCCACGCUGAGGUCGGCCACCGGACGCCGGAUCCCCGGUCGUGACGGCAUCACCAGAGCUGCCGCUCUGCAGCAGGAGCAUCCGCCCCGGAUCACCGGGUCACCAGUCAGCGGCCGCCACCAGCUGUGAGGUCACCGGUCACCAGCUGUAGGUCACCGGUUCACCAGCUAGUGGCCGUCACCAGCUGUGAGGUCACCGGUCACCAGCUGUGAGGUCACCGGGUCACCGGGUGAAGCAUCACCGGUGAUCAGCUGUAGAAUCACCAAUUACCAGCUGACGAAUCACUUAUCACCAGAGCUGCAAAGUCACCAGUCACCAGCUGUAAGGUCAUCAGUCAUCAGCUUUACGGUGACUCGAUUACUAACCAUCAGCCCCAGUCACAGCUGUGGGCUCACCAUAGCACGGCAGGGCCGUGGGUCACCAGGUCACCAGGCCACCAGCUGCGUCUCUGCUGUCAACGCGGUCACCCCCUGCCGGCCCUCCGUCCCGGGAGGGCAUGGGUGGAACGCUAACCGCCGGCGGCGACAGGCCAGCGCCGCCGGACACACCGCUUUGAAGUGGAACGGACUCGGAUGUGGGGCUUGGCAGCCGAGGAUUAUGUCAGUGCAAUAGGCCCGUGCCGUUAGGACGGGAGGAGGAGUACUCGUUCGGGGAAAGGCUCAUUGUGGACGCGAGCCGGCAUCAAAGGACUGCGGGCUACGACCACGUGCCCCGGCCAUAGAAUGUGGUGAAAGGGCACGAGAGGGCUCACGGCGUUUCAUCAGUGCACUCGUGGUGGAGAAUCGAGGUUGAUGUUGAUUGUAGAAUCUGCACAUUGAUGUGUAGUUUUGAAUGUAAUUUACAUGUGGACAGUACGUAUGAUGUAUGUACGCUGUACAAAGUGCAUGACGUCUAUGUUGAGACAACUGUUUCGAAACAAGCGUCUAUUUAAAACAGGCAUUUAUAUAGAUAUCUGUUGACAUUGAAAGUUGUGGUAAUGAGUGAAAAGUGAUGAUUUAUUUUUAAGUCAGUUCUGCACAACAUACUCGUAUGUUGAAAGGUCUUAAUGGCGUACGUUUUUUUUUCGGUUUCGGUUCUGUGUGUGUCAUUGUUCCUUUCUGACAAUCUGACCCAUUAUUCGUUUCUGACAAUCUGCUUUACUUAUUUCCUAAUGCGUGUCUCUUGAAGAUUAAUCGAUUUCAACUUUAAUGUAACUAUUUAUGCGUACAAAUAAUAAGAUAACUAUAGAUCCACAAAUGAUGCGUGAAAUAAAUAUAUAGGUACCUAUAUUUUAUUUCAUUUCACUUGCCUUUUUGUUUAGUUGAUGUGUCAUUGAAAAGAUUAAUAUUAUACUUGAAUACUCAAUUCAUUACCCAUAUCGCUGUUCGGUUUCAGAACUCUGCAGAGUAUAGUUUUUUUUUUUACCAAUUCAUGAUCAUAUAUUGUGUUAAUGAAAUGCUGUUUGCUGGCGAAGUUUUUUUAAGUUCACUUGUGUGCAAACGAUAAUCAGUGUGGCCGCACAUAUAUGGAAGCGUCGUGAUGAUGUGUGUUCACAUAUUCCCGCCCCCACACCACCGAGAUGUCACCGUUUCUGGCGAAAUGGUAUGUUUGCUAUGUAAGCAUACGUGAGUAGCGCGAUAUACAUAGAUGUAUGGCCAGUGUUAGCCUACCUAAGUUACGGUAUGUAGCUUCUUACCCUGCAGCCUUGCAGCACUGUUAAAAUUGUGUGCUACCGCUAA